UCAUAUCAAUUGAGCUGUGCAGCUUGGACCGUGCCAAUGUACAAAUAUUAAAAAACGAUAAUGUGUCCAGUCAGAUGUAGCUGCAUUUUAACAGCCGGACAUCCCUAAUGGUGUAUGGCUAGGUCAGGCAGAGUUAUUGGGUAAUAUAACAGAAAGCGAACAUGGCUGCGCCCACGGAACCGAGAGGAGUAUCUGCUGACAAGCCGAGCGGGUUCGAAGGUUUUCCGUUUGCAGUGGCCACGAAACCACCGGAGGACAGCUCCGGUAAAGAGCUGGAGCAGACCGGGGGGGUGAAAAAGAAGCCAUGCAGAGCUUGUACGGACUUUAAAUCAUGGAUGAAGAUCCAGAAGAAACAGACGGCAGCUCCUGUACAGGAGACCCAAGCUGUAGAGGCGGAGCCACAAGACCCACAGUGUCCAUUGGACAGGGAAGAGUUGGGGCGAAACACCUGGUCCUUCCUGCACACUAUGGCUGCGUACUACCCUGAUCAACCAUCUUCUACCCAGCAGCAAGAGAUGGGGCAGUUCAUCAACCUUUUCUCCAAAUUCUUUCCAUGUGAUGAAUGUGCAGAGGACCUUAGGGGCAGAUUGAAAACCAAUCAGCCGGACACCGGGAGUCGCCAUGCUCUUUCUCAGUGGCUCUGUCACAUUCACAAUGACAUCAACGUCCGGCUGGGCAAGCCUGAGUUCGACUGUUCCCGUGUGGAUGAGAGGUGGAAAGAUGGAUGGAAUGAUGGUUCCUGUGACUGAGUGAUGAAAGACGCGAGGACUGAGCUGAGACCGGAGAGGAGAAAUUCUUUGUUUCAGUUCAAACCUUUUGAGUGGGAACACCACGAAGUGGAGCUCACAGCUCUAUUGUGGAGAAACUUUACUUGAAGAGAGAUAGGCCAUCUGGUACAUUUCUAAUUCUUGUUCUGUGGUCAGUUGACAAAACAAAACAAAUAAGUAUCCCUCUCUGGUUAGAACCAAAACUCAUUGUAAAUGCUUCACUGAACCUCUUGUUAAUUCUGGUUAUUGAACACUUUUUUAUGAAAUAGAAAACAUUUUUGACCAAUAAAGCCCUGAUUUGUCUGUUAAAGCGGUAAAUUAGAGAUAUAUUACAUUAAUGAUGAUUACAGAAUGUUUUUAACUGUAAUAUAACUGCUUGUUUGUGUUGUUGGGUGGUAAACUUGCGUUGUAUGUUAAUUUAUUUUCAGAAUUUAGUGCUGGUAUAGGUAAUUAGGUCAUUUUCUAUUUACAAAUAUGAUUAAUCAUUUGUCAUUAAAUGAAGUAAACAUAUUUUGUUAAUUGAAGCUUCUCAGAAGUUCUAAUUUAUGUCGCUGUAAAUUGCUUUUUGGCUGUUGGUUAGACACAAUAAUCUCUUUAUAAGACACACUUUGGGUUCUGGAAAUAUGUCAUUUUGAUGUUUUAUGUAAUAAAAAUCCAUGAAAGUA